AUGGGACCACCGUAUAAUGACGACCCAGGCUGCAAGUACGUCGUCAUCGAAAACCCAUGGCCAGGGGGCAAGAAAGGCGACCAGCGGGACCAGUGGUACUGGAACUUGCUCUGCACCUGGAUGCGCUUCAUGCUGCAGAAGACGGUGCCGGUUUUCACCGUAUGGUCCAGGAAAACCCGCGAUGAAGUGAUCGUUGAGCUUCCGGAAGAGGUGGACCUGGUGCCCAUCGUCGGCGCGCACCCAUGGACACGCAUCCUGGGCGACCGCGCAAAGACCUCGGAUCAGGACAAGGUGUCGUACGUGUUUGCUUACGACUACCGGAUGAAGGGCGAGCCCGGAACCCGGACCCCGAGCCGCCGGCCCACGUCCACUUCCCGUCGUGUACCCGUACCCGCACGUCAGCUGGGCGUCGCCGCGCGGGCGCAAGUCCGCGGACAUCGCGCUCCCUCUCCGCCCAUGCGCCAGCCGACGCCGGUCCCGGACACGAGCCUCUGGCAGCCGUACGCGCACCCGACGCAGCUGACCCCGGGGACGGUGGGCAGCGCGGAGGCCCAGGCGGCCGCGCAGAUACGGGCGAGGGAGGCUCAGGGCGCGGCGACGGCUGCGCCGAAGGCCGCUACUCUCGUAGACCAGAAGCCGGAAGUGAAGCCGUCCGUCAAGCCCGAUCCAUCCGACCAGCCCCACGUGAAGGCCGAGCAGGUCAAGAGCGAAGUCAGGCCUGAGCCGGGACCAUCAGAGGAGUUCAGAGCGACCUUCGAGGAGCGGCAGCGGAUGAUGCGACAGCCUACCCAGCACAUAUCGGGGCCGGAUGUCAAGCCGAAGCCUGAAGAGGGUCCGUCCGAGGAUCUCACUGCUGCCUUCCUGGCCAUCCGAGGACACCAGCCAGAAACUUCUGGUUCGAACGGGACAACAGCAUCGACAACACAGGUCAAGGCAGACCCCAGAGCCGCUUCACCAGCUUCCGAGGAGUUCUCUGCUGCAUUCUACAUGGCUCGAGCAGUCAAUACGGAAGGCUCUCGCACGGGUGCGGAAUCCUCUCCGUCCGCUCCGACACAGGAAAUCAAGCCCGACCCGGGGCAGCGUGCUAGUCCCGUCAGAAGCCUCACUGUAACAGAUCCGCGCAAGAGAGCCGCCCCUGACGACCCCCCUCCCACGGCCACGAAGCGGAUGAAAGAGGGGGAUUUGCAACGCGAUGCCGAUUCAAACCGCCAGCGAGUGAAGGAGGAGGAAACGCACCGCGCUGGGCUCUCAACCAGAGUGAAAGCCGAGCGGUAG